CAUUGCGCAUUUUCUACACGCUGUUCAUGGGCUCCAGCCAGGAUGGGGUCCAGUACAUUAUGGUGGCAUAUGUGGACGACCAGCUGGCUGCACGCUUUGACCCCCCCUCCAGAAAAAUGCUGCCCCAAGUGCCCUGGCUUCUUAAUCUGAGUGAGGAAGACUCCCGUCUCUGGGAAUCCCUAUCUUGGGUAGUGAACACCACGGAGCGGGGGUUGAAGAAUGAACUCACCAUCCUGUACAACUAUCACAACUCCAGCAAAGGGUUCCACAGUUGGCAGAACCUGAUUCGCUGCGAGCUGAGCGACAAAGGCCACAAGGGGGGCGUUUAUCAGUAUGGCUACGAUGGGAAGGACUUCAUCAGCCUGGACCAGGAGACUCUCACCUGGAUCGCGUGGGAUGUCCACGCUCAGGUGACCAAGAGGAGAUGGGAAAACGAGCGUUUGAUCACUCAGAUCAAGAAUCACUGUUUGGAGAAAAAAUGCAUCGAGCUGCUCCAGAAGUGCGUGACGUACGGAAAGGAAUCCCUGCUGAGGAAAGAGGCCCCGGUGGCGAAAGUAACUCGCAGGAUCCAGGACAAGGGCCAGGAGACCCUCGUCUGCCGAGUCUAUGGCUUUUAUCCCAAAGAAGCGAACGUCACCUGGAGGAAGGACGGAGAAGUCAGGGAGAAGGGCACCUUCUGGGGUGGUGUUCUUCCAAACUCAGACGGAACCUACCAUACCUGGCUGAGCAUCCAGGUUAACCCGAAAGAGAGGGACCAUUAUCGGUGCUAUGUGGUACAUGCUGGACUAACAGAGCCUCUGAUCGUGGCCUGGGAGAAACCUGUCGAUGUGUGGUUCGUGGUCAAAGUCGUGGGGGCUGUGGUCGUAGUCGUGGGGGCUGUGGUCGCAGUGAUUUGCUACAUCCCCAAAUGUGUUGGAGACGCAGGCGGAGAAGUCGCGACCACCAGCCAGGAUUUUGAAAUGCCUACCAUGACACAAGACCUGGUCCAGAGGCAGUGGAAGAAAAAGAUGGAGGAUGUUCAAAGAAUUCCAGUGGAGGCUGGGCCAUUAAGAUCUUUAUCGGAUCCUUACUGACUACACCUUAAACUUUACUAAGUCCUGUGGCUUGUUUGCAAGCCAAGAUUUCAUCAAGUUUCUAUUUUUACACCUGCGGAGUGCAAACGCUAUGAAAUUACAGUUGUACUUUGGUAUCAUCGUUAAUAGGUUCCGGGAGAUGUGAUGAGUCCCAAAAACAAUGAAUACCCAACAAAAUUUUCCCAUAAGGAAUAUUGUAGUGAGUCACAAGGCACUUAACACAGAAAUAUUUGUGUGUGUCGAGUAUCAAACAAAGAGAACUGGGAGAAAAUGUUCAGGUCAAAGUGUGUUGAGUACCAAAUUCAAUGGGUUUCAAAGCAGUUGAGUACCAAGGUACCGGUGUACCUUUAAGAGUUUCACGAUUGCUUAUAGAUAGGUUCUGGAGUACAUACACCAGACACAUCACCAGAAGACAAAAUCAUAAAACUGUAUCUCAUUUACUUUGGUCAUGUCAUGCUGGUGAAUUCAUUGGAGAAAGCAGUUACGUUUGGAAGAGUUAGCAGUAAAAGGAAACCAGGUUGCCAAAGAACACAGUGGCUGGACAGUGUCAAAGCUGACACCAGCCAGAGCAUAGAACAACUCAAAGAAUUAAUGUAAGAUCAGAAGAUGUGGAAAGACCUUGCCCAUAGAAUCACCAAGAGUUGGACGCAGCUGAAUGGAUAACAUCAUCAUAGACUGGUUUCCAGUGACUGCAGUUGUUUUGCGUGGACUAAUUGGCUAGAUUGUUAUCCCAGUGGGCCACAGUUUGCUACUUGUUACAGGAGGUUUCCCCUCCCACUGACUGUCUCAUUGAUUGUUGGCCACCAAAGAAUAGAAGUAAAAAAUGAAAAACAAAAACCCUACGCCAUAUUUGCGUUUUUGAGUAUUUACACUGAUCUUUAAUGUAUUUUUGAAUGUUUGCAUGUACAUGGGGCACUGAAAAAAGAACACACGGAACUGUAAUUUUGACUGGCUGAUAAAUUGACUAUAACAUCAUCAUAGAGUAGUUUCCAGUGACUGCAGUUGUGUUGCGUGGACUAAUUGGCUAGAUUGUUAUCCCAGUGGGUCACAGUUUGCUACUUGUUACAGGAGGUUUCCCCUCCCACUGACUGUCUCAUUGAUUGUUGGCCACCAAAGAAUAGAAGUAAAAAAAUGAAAAACAAAAACCCUAUGCCAUAUUUGUGUUUUUGAAUAUUUACACUGAUCUUUAAUGUAUUUUUGAAUGUUUGCAUGUACAUGGGGCACUGAAAAAAGAACACACUGAACUGUAAUUUUGACUGACUGAU